CCCCGGCAGCGCCUCCUCCCGCCCCCCCGCGCCAGGCGGAGCCGGAGCCGGAGCGGAGCCGGUGCCGGGGCGGCUCAUUGCGGCGCGGCGGCAGCAUGGCCACCACCGUGCCCUGCACCCGCUUCACCGACGAGUACCAGCUCUACGAGGAGAUCGGCAAGGGCGCUUUCUCGGUGGUCCGGCGCUGCGUCAAGCUCUGCACCGGCCAUGAGUACGCGGCCAAGAUCAUCAACACCAAAAAGCUCUCGGCCAGAGACCACCAGAAGCUGGAGCGGGAGGCGCGGAUCUGCCGGCUGCUGAAGCACUCCAACAUCGUGCGGCUCCACGACAGCAUCUCAGAGGAGGGGUUCCAUUACCUCGUCUUCGACCUGGUGACCGGGGGCGAGCUGUUCGAGGACAUCGUGGCGCGGGAGUACUACAGCGAGGCCGAUGCCAGUCACUGUGUCCAUGAGCUAUGCGCACGCGUUUCUCCCACCCAUCACUUUGCCCCUGUGCAGAGGGAGCCGCAGCCACUGCAUCCAGCAGAUCCUGGAGGCCGUGCUGCACUGUCACCAAAUGGGGGUUGUGCACAGGGACCUCAAGCCCGAGAACCUGCUCCUGGCCAGCAAGUGCAAGGGCGCUGCGGUGAAGCUGGCGGACUUCGGGCUGGCCAUCGAGGUGCAGGGGGACCAGCAGGCCUGGUUCGGCUUCGCGGGGACGCCCGGGUACCUCUCGCCCGAGGUUCUGCGCAAGGAGGCCUAUGGGAAACCCGUGGACAUCUGGGCCUGCGGCGUCAUCCUGUACAUCCUGCUGGUUGGGUACCCGCCCUUCUGGGACGAGGACCAGCACAAACUCUACCAACAGAUCAAGGCUGGUGCCUACGACUUCCCUUCGCCCGAGUGGGACACAGUGACCCCCGAAGCAAAAAACCUCAUCAACCAGAUGCUGACCAUCAACCCCGCCAAGCGCAUCACAGCCCACGAAGCCCUCAAGCACCCGUGGGUCUGCCAACGCUCCACCGUGGCGUCCAUGAUGCACAGGCAGGAGACGGUCGAGUGUCUGAAAAAGUUCAACGCCCGGAGGAAGCUCAAGGGCGCCAUCCUCACCACCAUGUUGGCCACCAGGAACUUCUCAGUGGGCCGGCAGACCACCGCGCCUCCGACCAUCUCGGCGGCCGCCGCCGGGGCCCCCCUGGGGCUGGUGGAACAAGCAGCUAAGAGCUUAUUGAACAAGAAGGCGGAUGGUGUGAAGCCCCAGACCAACAGCACCAAAGGCAGCGCCGGUGUCACCAGCCCCAAGGGGACGCUCCCGCCCACUGCACUGGAGCCUCAAACUACCGUAAUUCAUAACCCCGCGGACGGCACCAAGGAAUCGUCUGAUAGCACCAACACCACCAUUGAGGACGAGGACACCAAAGCCCGCAAGCAGGAGAUCAUCAAGAUCACGGAGCAGCUGAUCGAGGCCGUCAACAAUGGCGACUUCGAGGCCUACGCGAAGAUCUGCGACCCAGGACUCACGUCCUUCGAGCCCGAGGCCCUGGGGAACCUGGUGGAGGGGAUGGACUUUCACCGCUUCUACUUUGAGAACUUGCUCUCCAAGAACAACAAGCCGAUCCACACGACCAUCCUGAACCCCCACGUCCACGUCAUCGGGGAGGAGGCCGCCUGCAUCGCCUACAUCCGCCUCACCCAGUACCUGGACGCCCAGGGCCGCCCGCGCACCAGCCAGUCCGAGGAGACGCGCGUCUGGCACCGCCGCGACGGCAAGUGGCAGAACGUCCACUUCCACGGCUCGGGGGCGCCCGUGGCCCCGCUGCAGUGAAGAGCUGUCGUUGCAGCGCGACGGAGACGGCGAUGGAGAGGCCGAAGCACGCGCGUCCGCAUGCCUGUCCCCCCCCCCCCCAAAAUUGCUCCGUUCCCCACCCCCCCUUCCAGUGCCUGUGUUUGCAGAAAACAACAACAAAAAAAAAACCACACAAAAAAAAAGCCAAAAUGACGAUAACAACAAAAAAAGGCAAAAAAUACCAAACCCCACCCAAA